AUGGCUGGCACUCGCGAUCCCACUACCUUGUCCAACUACGGCGCUUGGCGCACAAGGCACACCACCGCCAACUUCAACAUUGACUUUGAGAAUAAGCGCCUCAAGGGAUCUGUUGUGCUGCAGCUGGAGAGCCAGACUGACAAGGAGAGCAAGGAGAUCAUCCUCGACUCGCGCUUCGUCAACGUCUCGUCCGUCAACGUCAACGAUGCUGCGUCCAAGUGGGAGCUCAAGCCGCACUCGGAUCCCUUUGGAGCGCCGCUUCAUGUACAGGUUCCCGAUGGCGCAGCCAAGGGCGACAUCGUCAACCUGGCCAUUGAGCUGGAGACGACCAGCAAGUGCACUGCCCUUCAGUGGCUGACGCCCGCUCAGACGUCCAACAAGAAGCACCCGUACAUGUUCUCUCAGUGCCAGGCCAUCAAUGCUCGCUCCAUCUUCCCCUGCCAGGACACUCCUGAUGUCAAGUCCACCGUCAGCUUCAAGUUCACGUCCACUCUCCCUGUUGUUGCCAGCGGUGUUCCUGUUGGUGACCACACAGCCACUCCCGGCGUGGAGAAGGUCUAUGAGUUUGAGCAAAAGGUUCCAAUUCCUUCGUACCUGUUCGCCGUUGCCUCUGGUGAUAUCGUUGCUGCCCCCAUUGGCUCCCGCAGCAAGGUUGUUACCGGCCCCAAUGAGCUCAAGGGCUGCCAAUGGGAGCUCGAGCGGGACAUGGAGAAGUUCCUGGAAAUCGCCGAGAGCAUCGUCUUCCCUUACAAGUGGGGAGAGUACAAUGUGCUCGUUCUGCCCCCCAGCUUCCCCUAUGGAGGCAUGGAGAACCCUAUCUACACUUUUGCUACCCCCACCAUUAUCAGCGGCGACAGGCAGAACGUCGACGUCAUUGCUCACGAGCUUGCCCACAGCUGGAGCGGUAACCUGGUAUCCAACGCUAGCUGGGAGCAUUUCUGGCUGAAUGAAGGCUGGACCGUGUACCUGGAGCGACGAAUUGAGGCUGCCGUCCACGGCGAGCCCCAGUUUGACUUUUCGUCCAUCAUUGGAUGGAAGGCCCUCGAGGACGCCGUUGCACACUUUGGCAAGGACCACGAGUACACCAAGCUCAUUAUUAGCCACGACAACGUAGACCCUGAGGAUGUCUACAGCACUGUUGCUUAUGAGAAGGGCUUCCACUUCCUUUACUACUUGGAUCGCCUCGUUGGCCGAGACAACUUCAACAAGUUUAUCCCCCACUACUUCACAAAGUGGGCUGGCAAGUCUCUGGACUCGUUUGAGUUCCGGGAUACCUUUGUAGACUUCUUCAACAACCUCGGUGAUGAAGAGGUCAAGCAGAAGGUGGCCACCAUCGACUGGGAGAGCAAAUUCUAUACCCCUGGCUUGCCUCCUAAGCCCGAGUUUGACACCACCCUUGCUAACCAAUGUUAUGAGUUGGCUGAGAAGUGGAAGGAUGCUUCUUAUGAGCCCAGUGCCAAGGAUGUUGAAUCCUUCUCCUCCAACCAAAAGAUUGUUUUCCUCGAAAAGCUGCAGCAGUUUGAGCCUCUAAGCACCGAACGUGCUCAGCUCCUCGGCAGCGCCUACGAUCUCCUAAACACCCAGAACGUUGAGCUCAAGUUUGCCUACCUCCAAAUCGCCCUCAAGGCCAACGACAGCACCAGCUACCAGAAGACCGCCGAUUUGCUCGGAAAGGUCGGCCGCAUGAAGUUUGUUCGACCCUUGUUCCGCUCCCUGAACAAGGUUGAUCGCAGCCUUGCCCUGGAGACCUUUGCCAAGAACAAGGAAUUCUACCACCCUAUUUGCAGGGGUAUGGUGGAAAAGGAUCUGGGUGUCUAA